AUGCUAUGGGCCUACGACGGCAUCCGAGAAGCUACAGCAGCUGCAACUUUGCAAGCGCCCGUGCCUGAUCCACGCUGGCUGCAAGAAUUUCAGGCGCAACUGCAUAUCCGUGGGGCGCGCCCGCACCCAAAGAUCCUCACUUCCCUGCGCACAUCUUGUCCUCAUUGUCACGCAGGGUUGACAUUGCGCACCCAGAGGCGGUCAUCCCUGCAAGUCAACAAUUGCAGCAUUCUUUCUGACAGCGGCUCCAUUCAAGUAUAUCAUGCUCCUAAGUUCUGUUCUACCUGCAAGUGGCCUCGAUUUUGGUGUGGUUACAUGCAGACGAAAGAAGCAGACACAAAGCGCACAAAGGCACGGGUGAAAACUAAGCAGCAGGUGGACAUCGCCUUCCAGCAUCCAGAUGUGUGGAUGUGCCAUCGCUUCUUCGGAAUCACCACUACAUGGCUGAGACGGUGGAGGUACCGCAUGUACUUGCAGCGCGCGUCUUUCCAGUCGGAAGCGUUGCUUCCAACACUUGCUGACGGUGUGCUCUCCGGACUACGUGGGGCUACGCUCUCCGAUGCAUGGGUGAGAGAGCUUCUCUGGCGCAGAGGCCAGGAGCUGGAUGCAGGUAAGCACCGGCAGCUUGCCAAGGAUCUGAAGUCCUUGUCCGUGGAAACCCUCAUCAGCAAGUCUUGGAUUUGGUAUGCCCCUUUGAUGCUUCACCGGCGUGACACUCAGUGGCUACUGUCCGGCGAUCGUCGGUGCACUGUGGCUGUGGAUGGCAACGCCAAGUUGCAUCGGCGAACCUGUGGGCAGCCUUUCGCUGAGGUCGUACCUUGUGACGCAGUCGGGAAAUUCCUCAUACGGGGCUGCUCUGCCAGGCCUUCAGGCAAAGACACGCUCUGUCAGGCACAUGCUGCGGCGCGAGAUGCUCAGGUCCAACCCAUGUAUGCAGAGAUUGAGGCCCAUCGUCUUGUGCGAGCCCUUCAUGCCCCAGACGAUGUCCAGUUCUUGGAAAUUAAGUUGCAGGACUUCCGCGGGUGGCAGCCAUCGUGCACCAUACCUGAAGCAAACCUGCAGCAAUACUUCGCAAAGAAAGCAGAUGAGCGCAUCAGACUGCGCCGCUAUCGUGCGCAAACGCACAGAAACCAAAGAAAAAUAUCUGCUAAACCUAUGAGGCCCAAAACUUUCCUUUCUUCUUGGAGCUCUGUCUCCCCCAAGCAAGCCUCAUCGUGCGCCACACACAAAGAAAGUGACAAGGACGUGGUAGCCGCUGCAAGAACUGCGGGCUUCCUCUUCGCAAUUUCGCACAGCGGCCUUGUCGUGCACUUGGAGGAAUUGAUCGGCGCGGAGAGCUUGAGCCAGCGCUACGCUUUCCUUCUGCACGUGCUGAAGCAGUUUCCAGAUCUACAGACAGUUGUGCAUGAUGACAGUUGCCACUUGCAUUUCAUGGCUCAAUCCCAAAAGAGUGGAUCAGUCCUUGCGGAGAAGGCAUCAAAGCUUAGCUUCAUCGUCGAUGCUUUCCAUUCUGCCGGUCACGUAGGUCAGUGGUGCAAGGCACACCUGAUGCCUGAUUUGCCAGCCAACAAGGAAAAACUGGCUGGCUUUCCAACGUCCAUCGCUGAGGUCGUCAAUGCCUCAUUCUCACCUUUGAAGCAUACUAUCCAUCACAUGGGUUGCUUCAUGGCCAAGUUUGUCCUCACAGAGCUCGUCGAUGUGCACAAUAUGAAAGUGCUCUCGAGCGUCAAGGUUGGACGCUUGAAACAUUUAAUUGCGUUUUCUUUUGCAUGGCUUCGUGUGAACAAACAUUGCGUACCAUUGCAAUUGUGUACAUGUGAUGCCAUAGCAGCUAUAGCUGCACUACAACAAGAUCGUGACAAGAAAUUCUCCUUUUUCCCCCUGCCACCCAAGCAGCAUAAAUCUGCCAGGACCGUCGCCAACAGGCAGAGCGCCGAGCACAGCGCAAACGCAAACGACCCGAAGAGUCACUUCCUGCAUCGACAUGACGUGCCCUAUCUUCUGUGA